AUGUCGGGUGUUGCGAUGGUGCAAAUUGUGCCAUUCCGACCCACCGAUGACUCCCUCCCGGCAUGUGCAACUUAUACAUGGCCAGGGCUUGGGGCAGAGGGAUACUUCUGCGCUCCUUCGAGGACUACCAUAACAGUAAUCGCAGAAAAAACUGCUGGUGAUGAGACUACUUCAGCGAUCGAACCGCCAGCGACGACUACUCCACCAGAUGCAACCAGUGCUCCUUUGCCAGAGCCAACAAAAACUGCAGCAGAACCGACAUUUUACAGUACAGCCUCUGGCCAUCCGCCACCAACAGAUGGCCAUCCACAACCAACAGACGAUGGUGGACCAAACCUAGGGACCGAACAUGAUUUGAGCUCGCAACAGAGAAUUGGCGCAGGAGUUGGCUCAGGAGUUUCUGGAGGAUUGCUCUUGUUGUUUUUUGCGAUCUUUGGAUGUUGUGGGUGGCCAAGUCGAAGAACCAAUACUGCCAGAAAACAGAAUAUCCCUGAGAGUAUAGUACACAAAUAUGCGCCGGUGCCUGCUCCUCAGGCAGCUCCUUGA